AUUAUUUGAGACUUCUAGUUGCACUGAGACCUUGACAGUUUGAUGUUGCUAAUGGCAUUUCGUGUUGCUUAGAGUAUCAUAAUCCUUUCAUUACAUAUUUUAUAUGACAUGCUUCGGUGAUAUAGAUUAUGAAAAUGUGUCUUUUAUUCUGUGUAAAUUAUGGAAAUGUACAAAUUAUAUCUUUUGUAGCGUGCUUUACGUUCACGUUUGAAAAUUACGUUACGGUACGGAGAAUAAAUAUUUCUGUAACAAAGAUCAGAAAACAACGAAAAUCUUUAUUCUCGGUGUACAAAUAGGUCAGUGUUGUAUAACCCCUACGCACUACCGUGUAAGAUAGUAACGUUCUGCUAUGGGCGAGCUUCGCUGUACAUACAGUUUCUCACCAUUUUCAUUGGCACUAAUGAUCCUUACUCUUGCUCUCAUUGAAUCUGACGGAGAGUCUCGAAUGACAGUAAUUUACGUAACUGAAACUAUGGAGCGAGGAAAUAAAAAGAAAUUUAAAAAAAACACUUUUCCGUAAUUUAUAUAUUUCUGGGUCAUAUUUCCAAUAUCAAAAAAAAAAGAGGUUAUAUAACACUUCAGAAAAAGUAUGGCCUCUUUCUUUGGGAUUAAAAGUGAGCAGGGGUGUAGUCACAAAAAUAAACGUGCUGGGGCAGCCCGGAACACAGUUUCAGGUCGAAAUAGAUGUUCCUGAAUCAUAAUACGAGGCCUUUAUUGUUGUUACUAAUUAUAACUUUACACUUUUAAAUGCAUAAUUGAACAAUUAACAACUUGCAUAAAUAUUUUAUAUGGACCCCCUUGUUUUUGAGUUGGGCAUAGAAUUUUUUGAAUUUUAUAUUAAUAAUGCUGAUCUCCAUCUUGUUACCAAUUUAUGAGACUUGAAAUGUAUUUCAUCCCUCGGGAAAACAUUGGGUGUGGUAUCAUUACUUUUUCGAGGUAAAUUUAUUAUAUGCUGUGGACUACAAAAUGAAACAAAGUUUAAAUUUGUGUGGUUUGAUUUUUAGAUCGUUGUGUUUUGCUUAGGCGUCUACUCUCUACAGUUUCGUCUCUGCAACGUAUUCAAAGUUCAUUAAAUACAUAAUGAAAGUGAAAAUUUUGGGUUACCUGUACAAAAUUAGUAGACGACGGAGAAAGCUAUUCUAAUCUGCUCUAACACUUAUAUAAGCAGAGGAGGAGGAUACCAACUUCCGCAUAUCACAGUUCGGCUUUGGAAUGUUGGGCCACUAUAAGCCAUUGCUUUCGCUGUGUUGUCGAUACAUCACUGUUUAGAGAGAUUUCCUAAACGAGGCAUUUACGCGGAAUUUAAAAUUAAACGUGCAUCAUCCUGACGUAUUAGACCGCAGUAUUAAUGUUUACUAAUUAAUUUUUAUACAGUCUGAAUGCACUGAUAUAUUUUAUUUGACUAUGGAAACUCGAUGCAGACUCAGAUUCGGUACACGUAUCACGAUAAUGUAAUUUGUAUUUGUGGUUGAGUUGACACGAAAUGAAUUUAAAGUUGUGAAUAUAUUCAUUACGUGUAUGUAGUAUUAUUCCGUGUACCGUGAGGCGAUUUGUGCUGACUCUUGAACGUGAAGCUGGUGGUGUUAUGUGUACGUUGCCAGAAAUCGUUUAAAAAAGUGAGAUGUACAAACAUUUGGUGUAAAAGGCGGACCUCACGUGCUUCAGGAAUUGUUUUUACUGAAGCAGCUAGGUUUCUGCAUAGUAUCUAGUCACAUAUUUACUGCUUUUAGUACUGAUGUUCUCAGAUCACAUGGAAAAUUACAAUUUUUAAGGCAUUGUACGAACGUAAAAUUCUUUGUCAUUAGAAGAUCAAGAAUAAAAUUGAGAUCAAUAUUUUCUCAAAUUGACAUAUUUUGAAAAUCAUGUUUCCUCUUGACCCCCAUACAAGGUAAGAACUUCCCAAGUAUCAGCAGCUCAAAAACCCGCUGCCAACCAAUCCUAGGAUUGAUUGCAAUGAAGAAGAAGAAGACUGGAGAAAUAUUAAUCAAUUAAAACUAUUCGUUAUGAUCAAAUACGUAAUACUCGGUUCAGUUCAAUUUUUGAACUGCGCUUGGCGACACGUCAUUGUUUUCUUCCUUCACGCUACCAUGUGCCCCUAAGGGACUACUGCCUCAACGUAAGUUCGAAGCCCAUUUACAGUACCGUUGGUAUAAAAUAUCAUUACGUCCCAUACAAAAUUCAAUACUUCUGAUUCAGCACAUUUUGAAGGCAGGCCCUCUUAGAGAUAAUUUGCCUUACCAGGACGAAGAUUAGCCUGUUGUGUAAUUAUUUGCUAUGUCUAGAUAAGCGAGAUAAGGAUGUAAGAACUUCCAUGUGUGACUGAUUUCAAGGGUGUGUUGCACGUUGCUGUGGGUAUUAUUAUUACGCCAGUUCAUUGUGUUUGUUGUAACUCACUCCACGGAGUAGAGUCUCUCAGCUAGUCAAGAAAUUCGUUUUUAUUUACGGAACACCAGUUUAUUAUUGCGUUUUCGAGAGUUCAUCAUUGGGCUGUCUCCGUUUCACAUCUCAUUUACUUAAUAUUUAACAUCUUCCAUCUGCUGUUAGGUCUGCUAAGAUAGCUCUUCCGUUCUGUACCUGAGUUGAUUUCAGCUACAAGCAUUUUUCUCUUUCACUGAAUUUUACAAGCUGAUGGCUGUGUUUGGGUAAUGGGGUAAACUCUUUUACUUCUGUGCAUGUAAAUAAGGAGGCUGGCUUAAGCAAUAUGGCAACUGUGAUUGAAAUGAAUGAGUUAUCCACAGAUAAACAAGGAGAAAAGGAUGGAAAUAAAGUCAUUGCUCAGCAGCCUCUUCUGGAUAACUCAAAAGACAUUACAGAAUAUGCGAAGCUAAAGGAGAUUUUUAAAUGUGGGACACCAGACCAAAUCAAAAACUUACUGACAGAAAUUGAUCCAAAUAUUGAUCUUCACAAGUCAAGGCCUCUACACUGGGCUGCAGAAGGUGGCAAUGUUCACGCAGUAAAUGCGCUGCUUCGGGAUAAAAGAACAGACAUUAAUGUAGUUACUAAGUAUUGUAGAACGGCGUUACACAUAGCAGCCAUGAACGGAAAUCACGAAGUUCUCAAAUUGUUGCUACAGGAGGCAAAAGACAUUGAUAUAAAUGCGGUGGAAAAACAAGGAAGAACAGCUUUGCACCUAGCGGCAGAAACACCUGUAUCAGGAGAUGGGACAGACGGUAGGUACCUCAGAUGCCUGGAAUUUCUCCUGGCCAGAUCUGAUAUAGAAGUCAACAAGCCUGACCGUCACGGACGAUCUCCAAUAAGCAGAGCAUUGAGGAAGUCACACAAGAUGAGAGUUCAAGUUAUUCUGAAGCAUAAGGAUGCACAUAAAGUAAAUGUUGACUACAGUUUGGCAGAUGGAGGUCAAACAAUCCGUGAGUCCAUUCUGGAAAAAUAUCCUGAAUUUGAAGCACUCGUGCCAGAACCGUUAAUGGAAGACACCAAUUCGCCACAAGUGCAGCUUUGUUUGUUGGCAACUCUGCAGCGUGGUUUGUUUGAUGAGUUCAAAGAUGUGCUAGACAACAACAAAGAUUUAAUUAAAAUCAAAUAUGAAGAACCAUACCACUGCACUUGCCUGGAAAUGGCUUGUGUAAUAAGAGGAAGAGAGGAAUUUGCAAAAGUUAUUCUGGACUUGACGCCUGAUCCAAAUAUCGAAAAUCAUGUUUCUGGAAUACCUCUUCUGUAUACCACCGCUGAGAGACUGAAUAUUCCUGCAUUGGAAGUCUUGUUGAAAACCGAAGAUAUCGAUAUUAACAUAACGGGGAUGAAUGGGGGCUCAGUCCUACAUUGGUUGGCAUUAAACACGUGUGGAGGCAACGAGAGCUUUCCUAUUCUGGAAAAAUGUGUCUCUAUGUUGAAGAAGUCUACAGAUAUAGAUGCUAAGGACAACAGAAAAGAAACACCACUGCAUGUCGCUGUUCGGUGGAAAAAUAUGAACUUUGCUCUGGUCAUGCUCAUUUCUGGCGCGAAGGUCGAUACGUGGAAUAGGAAUCGACAUACGCCACUGCACGUUGCUGCUCUCACUGGAAAUAAUGAUGCAGUAUUAACUUUAAAGAAGUUUGGAGCAAAAAUUGAUUCACAAGAUGGGGAAGGUACGCCGCUAUACGUAGCCGCUCGAAUGGGAAAGAAAGAUACUGUGCUCCUUCUUCUGAGGCAAGGUGCCGAUUUCAUGUGUGAAGUGAAGGGAGAGGCAAUAUUGCAAUAUUUGGAUAUGCAAAUAUUUAGAGAGUUUUUAGAUGGCUUUAUAGAAAGCAAAGGCAAUAACGUGAAGAGUCCACAGUUUAUGCUUGCCUUCAAGUACAACUUUCUCCCAUCAGUGAAAGACACGUCUUACAUAUCCCAUACUGAUACCGAGAUGCAUCAUAUACUGAAGAUUAGUGAAACAACUGAACUGAGGGGCUUAUUGAAGCAUCCUGUUAUUUCUAGUGUCCUCUUCAUUAAGUGGCACCAUGUUCGUAGAUUAGUUUACUUCAACAUAUUACUUUAUUCUCUUUUCCUCCUGUUUCUAACAUUUCACGUCGUAUUUAUACGCAAUUCACCAAAGGAGCAUGAAAAGCAGUUGUUAAAUGAGUCUGUACAUUCUGAGAGCACCGCAGACUCAUCUCCGGCUUCGUCGUCGAUUAUGAGCGAAGUAGCUACUGCACUAUUAGUAUCCUUUCUCAUCUUAAUACUAGUAAAAGAAUUAGUUCAGUUAAUAGCUGACAGAACUGAAUAUUUUAGCAACUUGGGAAACUUGUUUGAUGCAUCGGUUAUCGCGUGUACAUUUAUAUACCUUCUUGUGUCACAUUGUGAUAUAAAUCGCCAUGCAGCAGCCAUUGGUAUCCUGUUGGCUUGGAUAGAUCUCCUGCUUCUUAUUGGUCAUCUCCCAAACGUAUCUGUGCAGCUUUCAAUGUUAAAGAAAGUUUCUAAGACAUUUAUUAAGUUUGGGUUAUGCUAUAUUCCCAUAAUUGUAGCUUUUGGUUUGAGUUUCAAUGUUCUGUUUCGUAAGGAAAACAGCGUCAUAACUGAUGGAACUUGGAAUAAAGUCAAGAAGAUUUUUAUUAUUAUCUUUGAAACUUUAAUUAUGUUUACUGGUGAAUUUGAUACGAAAGGACUUUCUUUCAAUUCUGUCCCUGUGACCAGCCAUUUGAUCUUUCUGUUUUUCGUUCUCCUCGUUGCAUUGACGUUGUUAAACUUACUGAAUGGUCUGGCGGUAAGUGAUACUCGGGCCAUCACUGAGGAUGCAGAAAUUAUCAGCCUAGUCACUAGAGUUAAACUAAUAUUCAAGACAGAAAAAAUUAUUUUGCUCUGUCAGAGGAACAGGUUCUUUAAGAAAAUAAUACAAAAAUAUUGCUUUUUCCUUGGAGAUUUACCUUCGAAACGUUUAUAUGUUUAUCCUAAUGAGAAUUAUAAAUAUUGUUACGUACCUGGCAGUGAGAGAAUGGGACACAUGGAUUCAGCCAUAACAAAAAGUGCGAUAUCAAUUGCUGAAAGGAACAUUUCUCAAUCUUAGGACCAUUUUGGAAUUUUUAUUUUCAAAAAUGUUCAUUGGGAAGGAAAAUUUAACAGCAGCAGCUUUGAAAUUUUAUGUUCUACUAAUAUUAAUUAAUUCGGGAGGAUCAGAAAGGAAGGGUUGGUUGAUUAAUGGCAGUCAAUUAUGGAACAAACAGCAUCAAAGUGGGUUUAAGCAACAGAUAUUUGAAAGGAAGUAUUUGAAUAUAGGUUUGUCCCACCAGUAUAAAAUAUUUUACGAUAUUUUAUCAACAUGUACUUUUCCUUAUUUGUAUUGCUAAUAAAAUUAUCUGGUGAGAACUUUGUUGCAUUAAAUAAAAUAUCUAUAUAUUA